AUGUCAUUCUCCCUGUUUUCUAGUUCUAACUCUGAAGAAUCCAGUAAUUCAGUUAAACUAACAAAACCGGUGAGCCAAAUUGAGCUUAAUAAAGGAAAAAAUAUAGUAUUGUGUUUUGAUGGAACAAAAGAAAAUUUUGGCCCACAACCAUUUACAAAUGUACUAAAAAUUUAUCAAAUAUUAGAAAAUAGUGCGGAUCAAAUUUGCUACUAUCAGCCAGGAAUAGGAACUGGAAACAAUUUUGAUGCAUUUGAUGACAUCAGAAGGAAUUUUACUUUCUCCACUUUUAAAAAUCUUUUUGAUUCUAUGUUUGCAACAGGGGUAAAUCAUCAUAUUAAAAAAGCUUAUCGUUUUUUAAUGAAAUAUUAUCGUAAAGGAGAUAAGAUCUAUAUGAUUGGAUUUUCAAGGGGAGCAUUUUUUGCUAGAGUAUUAGCAGGAAUGAUUCAAAGAGUAGGCUUGCUACACGAUGGUUUAGAUGAUUUAGUUGACAUGGCCUGGGGAAUUUAUGAAUUUUGGGAAUAUGCUGAACAACCCACUCACCAAUCUUACACGACAACUUUAGUAGAAGAAUUUAGAAAACUUUUUUCAAGAGAUUAUAUCAUAAAAAUUCAUUUCCAAGGGCUAUUUGAUUCUGUAAAUUCAGUGGGGAUAUUACGAGAUAGAUUGUUCCCAUGCACACAACGAAGCUCCAUUGUUGAUCAUGUUAGACAUGCUGUUUCAAUUGAUGAAAGGAGGGGUAAAUUUAAACAACAAAGUUUUACCCCAAACCCUUAUUCACCAGCAUUCUUUUCUUUGAAGUAUAAAAGCUUUUUGUUGGAUAUCAAGCAGAAAAAUUCUAUUAAAAAAAAUGAUUUAGAAGACAGUAGCCGCUCUAAAGGCUAUUGUAACGGCAUAGAAAAUCCUUUGAUAUCACAUACGUUGAAACAGAGGAAAUUUAAUGUAAAAAAUCAAAGAGUGGAUAAGUGUUGUAGUGAGCAACAAAGUCUAGAAACGGCAGAUUUAAUUAAAAAGGUUGACAAAUUUUUAGAAUCCUCAAAUCCUAAAACACCCAGAAGUAUUGAAUGUUCUAAUAGAGGAGUUCAAGGGGAAUUUAAUCAUAAUCAGAGAGAAGAAAAUAACAUUACACCUCAAUCCUUUCUUACAUCUGACCUAGUGGAAAAAUGGUUUCCAGGAGACCAUUCAGAUAUAGGUGGCAGCUGGCCUGAUGAUUGUUUUACGCAUCAAAAUAUUGCCAAUGUAUCCCUUCGUUGGAUGUUAGCAGAAUCUCUGAAACACGGACUAAUCUUUAAGAAAGGCUCUUUAAAAGAAUUUGAUCAGCUGCACCCUCUUAUUCCUUCAUUUAACUCACGAAGGCAUGAUGCUUUAAAUUUUCAGGGGGUUAAGCAAGAUAUACAAUUAAAUCUAGAAACGCAGCGAUCAAUACCUUGGAGACUCUCGAUUGCAACCUUUAAGAGAUUGAGCACAAAAUUCAAUACAACCGAAUUAAUUAAGAAAAAUAAAAGAACCAUAAAACAAAAGUUCAAAAAUGCAUGCCAACCCUUAAAUAAGUUUCAAAUAUUUUUUUGGUGGAUAUUAGAGUGGAUUCCCAUAGGAUUAAGAGUAGAAAAUGUCCAAGGUAAAUGGUGCACCACAUAUGUACCAAAUUUAGGGAGAAAUAGAUAUAUGCCAAUAUAUGCGGAUUUACAUUGGUCGGUAUUUUGGAGGAUAAAGUUUGAUAAAGAAUACAAACCAAAAAAUCUCCCAAAAUAUGCAAGAGAUUUAAUCGAAGAGUUUGAAGGAGUGAAACUACAAGAGCAGUUGAUACAAAUUGAGACGCCAAUCGUCUCUGGCUAUAAAAGUUUUCCAAGGGAACAAUUAAAUAGAACAAGCAGUUUAGAAAGCUUAGGUAGUUCUACAUCUGAACCUGGGUCCGCUUAUUCAUUUCUUCUCUCUAGAAUGAUGUAUGAAGGAAUGACAGAUAUUCUAUAUUUUGAAACUAGGAAGCACUUACAAUAUUGGGAAGAUACAAAAUGGAGAUUUAUCCCCGAUGAGCUGUCAGAGAUUUUGUCCAAGAGGCCAGAUAUUUAA